CACGAUUUUAAGCGCUCUCUGUCUCUCCUCCUCCUCCUCCUCUCUCUCUCCUCUUUGUCUUUCAAAAUUAAGCCAACUUCCAGAUCUUCAAGACUUAAACUUCCCUCCACAAUCAAUAUCGAAUCUAUCCAAAGAUACCUUUUUUGGAUCUCAAGCUUAGCCCUUUACUAUUACAAAGUAAAAUCUGAGCUUGAAAGACCAGAGAAAGAAUUUGUCAAGAAAUGCUCUUGCUCCAUUGACGGAUCUUCAUCGUCUCCCGUUCGUUGCUGUCUGUCAUCUCAAUCGAUUAAAGACGAGGAAGAAACCGUAGAAUAGAAACGAUUCUUUGCUGCCGGAAGUCUAAGGGCAUGUUUGGUUCACUGUUAGUGGCUUCAUUUCUUAUGGAGUAUGAAAGAGAAUGGGCAAGAAUGAAUGAAAUAUAAGUGUUUGGAUAACCAUUUCUUGCCGCAGGACUCAUUCUUCCCAGAAUGAAACUUGGGUCUCGGACUCUCUCGGGCAAAAAACAUAACAUAUUUUGCGACACGAAAAAUAUUCGUGCCCCAUUUUACCGGCCCAUUUUUUUUGUUUGAAGUGUUUGUAACUCUCGAGUACUCAACUGAACCGUCGUCCCCCCCUCUCUCUGUACAAGGUAAAAUCGAUCUGCUAAGAUCGAUCUCAACCUUUGAAGCUUAUCAAGAUCGAUUUCUCUUCUUCUUCUUUCUGUGCACCGAGCACGAAGCUAACGGUGAAGGUCGACCACCAGUCUCGGCCCUGUAACCAUUAAGAGCAAGCAGAAGAAGAACAAGGGCUCACCUGCUGGAGCUUCAACAGCAUCAGUUGCACUCGUAAGUCAGGUCGGGGAUUGCAGGUCAAGGUAUUAUGCAGUGCUUGAGGAUCAAACAUGCGUCAUGGGCUUUUCAUACUGCAAAUAGAUGGCUGAUCUCACGAGGCUCCUGUAGUAAGUUGUUUGUUGGAGGCCUUUCUUACGAUACCAAUGAAAGUGUCCUGAAGGAUGCUUUUGAGAAGUUUGGUGAAAUCAUUCAAGUUAAAGUCAUAUGCAAUCAUAGGACUGCAAAAUCUGAAGGGUAUGGAUUUGUGCACUUUGCUUCAGAUGCCGCAGCAAGCAUAGCACUUCAAAAGAUGGAUGGCCAGUUACUGGAUGGCAGAAACAUUCGUGUCCAGUAUGCAAAUAAGGGGCGUUGAGCAGGAUAAGGCAUUGCGGUCUCUGAAUCACAUCCACUUACAUGAAGGCAAUUUUUUUAGAACCAUUUUGGUAGUUCUUGUAUUAAUGACCUGAACCAUCCGAUGAAAUUGAGACCAUUUGGAUAAAGAUUGUAGAGGUUCCUAAACAAGAAUGAGAUACACAAGUUGAGACAAUAGUAUGAUAUGCUGUGUUAUUUGAAAGGUUCAUAUAUAAAUUUCAUAAUGCAAAUUGGAAGUGUUAUUGUGAUA